AUGAAUAUGAAUGGACUGCUUGAAGCCCUUGCGGACCUCAAUAUUGAGCACUUAGUACACCAGAGAAACGAUGCUAUGGAGUCAGCAGAUGACUGUCGACGAAAGUUUGUGGCACGGCAGCUUUUCCGUAAGCUCGCCAGAGAAAAGCGACUUCUUGAUCCAUCAUUCGAACAAGGUCCUUUUAAGAUCUGGUGUGACGAUUUCCGACCGGGGAAUGUACUACUGCAUGAUAAUAUGCAAAUAGCCGGAGUGGUAGAUUGGGAGUUCACCUAUACAGCACCGAUUGAGUUUUCUUAUGCGCCACCUUGGUGGCUGCUCAUUGAGAAGCCCGAGUUCUGGCCAAAUGGCAUGGAUGACUGGGAAAAUGUAUUCAGUCUUCGCUUAAAGAUGUUUCUCAGGGCGAUGAGAGCUUGCGAAGAGACGGAGAUUCAGAAGGGUCACCUAAACGAGAGUCAACGCCUCUCUGGCCAUAUGCAACAGAGCUGGGACAGCGGACGUUUCUGGAUUGUGUAUGCAGCGUUGAACAGCUUUGCAUUUGACGCAAUCUACUGGAAGAAGAUUGAUCCAUUGUUUUUCGAUGCUGCUCAAAUUCCUGAAACAGCUUGGAAAGAGAGGCUUGAUCUGCUGGGCGAAAAGGAAAUAGAGGAGAUGGAGCAACUGGUUGCUUUGAAGCUGGAAGAGAUCAAAACUAGGGUUCUGAGGUGGGACCCGGAUGAGUAUACUGUUGAAGCAAUGGCGAAGGCAGCUGAAGCGGAAUGA